UGCUUUAGCAGCAAGAAGAGAGCAACAACCAUGCUUCGGAGACUAUCACUUGCCAUCAUAGCGGCUGCUGUUACUGCAGCUACUGCUACUACGCUCUCUCUAAGAUCAGACCAGCGACUCGAAAACGCCACAGAACUGAGUCCUGUUGAGCAGUCCAUCAACGCAGAAGCAAAGCCAUCUGGCUGGAUUGCCCUGCCAUUGUGCGCUCUCAAUUGCGUUACUACCGCUUGUUCCAACCUCGAUAUCUCUUGCAUUUGCAAGCAUGUAGACCAGCCAUCUCAUACUUUAUCCUGCCUCAAGUCAUCAUGCAGCUUCUCUGACAGUCUACUCACGAUGAGCCUCGCCCAGGACUCGUGCGGCUCCCCAGUUCGAGAUCGUUCCACAAGGUUCAAGGCAAUGAAUUAUUCCCUCGGCUUCAUAACUCUCACCAUUGCUGUUAUUCGCUUCGCAUCCAAGUUCCUCUUCAGCAUCAGACAAGGGUUUGGACCAGAUGACUGGGCGCUGUUUACAGCAGCAUUUAUCGGCAUACCCUGCAUCGCCUUCAAUGUCUGGGGACUCGUUGAAAAUGGGCUAGGCAGAGAUAUUUGGACGCUGACUCCAAGUGCCAUUUCCAAGCUUGCUCAAUGGUUUGUGGCAAUGGAGAUUUUCUACGUGGUGAUUAUGACGAUUAUCAAGACUAGUCUCACGCUCUUUUACCUCGACCUGUUUACGGGGACCCGUUUUCGCAAAUUGGUCUGGGGAACAAUCGUUUUGCUUGCCGCCUCUUGCAUCAGCUUCGUCAUCGGAACUCUCGUGCAGUGUGCGCCCCUGACAUUUGCCUGGGAGCAAUUCAACGGUAGCAACGCCUCCCAAGGGCAGUGUAUUAAUAUCAACGCACUCGGGUGGGCAAACGCGGCUGUCAAUAUCGCGAUAGAUAUCUGGCUCCUCGCAAUUCCUUUAAUCCAGCUUUACAAGCUAGACACCCACUGGAAGAGAAAGCUAAGUGCAGCCAGCAUGUUUCUGACCGGAGUAAUAGCUACAGUCAUCUCCAUUGUCCGACUCAGGUCACUCUUUCACUUUGGCAACUCGGCAAAUCCAACGUGGGACCACUGGAAUGUGGCCUACUGGUCCACCGUCGAAGUCAACGUCAGCAUCAUCUGCACAUGUCUCCCAUCUAUCCGGCUCAUCUUGGCGCAUUUGUUUCCUCGAAUCAUCGGCUCGAGUCUUGGGCUACCUCCAGUAUCGGAAGAUUCUUGGAUUGGUGAAAAGAUCACCAGCCCAAACCCUCUAGACGUGGAGUCGCACGAGCUAUGCAAUAGCAGAAGCAUAGAUGGAACUUCGAAGACGAGUGUAUCUGUACAGCCAAUCGGUGGAUUAUUCCAAGCAUAACUACGCGUCACGCUAUCAAGCGGCUGUGAGUUACCGGAGAUGAACAUAACGAUGAGAUGCAUGACAGACAUAUGAAAAAAA